CCUCAUCUUUCCUUCACUCCAUUCCAUUUGCAUUCGCUUCCAUCCCCAUCCCUUCCACUCGCCCAUAUACCCUUGUAUACCCAUAUAUCCCACACCCCACCCACUCACACCCGGCAAAAGGAAGCAUCAACUAAUAUAUCACCAAACCAUCCAUCGUUAUGAAGAACACCGCGCCCCUCAAAGUCCUUAUCGUCGGCGCAGAUGUUUCCACGCUCACAUUGGCCUUACUGUUGGAGCAGGCGGGUGUCGACUACUUGCUGCUAGAGAACAGCGACUCCAUCCCAGUCGUCGCUGGCGGCAUGACCCUUCACCCGACCGUCCUCCCUCUCCUGGAACAACUCUCGCUCAGAGACGAUCUGUUCUUCUUUUCCCAACCCAUGGAACAAGUCCUCAUUCUUAAUUCCGACAUGGACGAUAUUAGUACUUAUGACUGGAGCGACAGACAAGCACGGUACGGUACUUGGAGCCGUUUUAUCACUCGUCCUGAAUACUGUACCAUGGUCCUCGAAAAGCUACCAGAAUCCAAAAUCCUAUUCAACAAAAUCGUCACCUCUGUCUCGACUAUUGAAAACGAUGAUGAGACAGGUGCUAACGAUGACCAUGACAGGGACAGCAUUGAGGGUCGACAGGAUAGUAUUCUGGACACGGACAUCAAGGACGAACAGGGCGAAGCACGCGGCGUGACGGUCGAAUGCGCAGACGGGUCUAUCUACACAGCCCAUCUUCUUGUUGGGGACAUCAACAGCGAAGUAGAACGAAAGCUCCUCUAUAGCUCUGGUCGCGAAAGUCUUCAGCGUGAGGGCGAGGAUAGGCCAGGGAUGGACAGGAGGGAUACGCCAGUACGCGAGAUACAAUAUCAUGUGUCAGGGAUCACGGAGGAGCUUGACCCACAGCGCAUACCGUUACUCAAGGAGGACACAACACAGCUGCGGCUCGUGCUAGACGGAAAGAGUCCACUCUCGUGGUGGGCUGCGACAUUGGUCGACAAGCGGAUAGCAUGGCAGGUCACGAAGCGGGUCAUGCUGUCUGAAAAAUCGUCCCGUCCAGCUGAUCUAGGGUCCUUUCCCCAUGAACAGGCUGCAGCCGCUGCAGUGGUAAACCAAAUCUCCCAGAACAUGAUGUGUCCUCUGGGAGGGACCAUGGCACAGCUGCUUAGCUGGACUCCUCAGUCUCAGAUUUCAUGCAGGCGCUGGGAUGAUAGACAUGGAUCGGUCGAUUCCAACUCUUCACGAGUACUCUUGUUGGGUGAAGCAUGUCGCAAGAUGGUGCCGGUUCUGGGUGAGCCAGCUGAGGAGACGAUACUCGAUGCACUGGCACUGAGCGAGGUCCUCGUUGCUCUACCGUCGACAAGCAUAAGCGACAUACAGGAGGCCUUUAGCCGCUAUCACAAAGAGCGUAGAGCGAGGAGGCAGUCUGCGAUCGACGAAUCGCGGGAGUUGGAUCUGACAUUGAACGCAAAGGGGUCGUUCAGGAAGCUGUACCGCUCAAUGAUGCUGAACUACACACCAAAGUACAUUCAGGACAGGAGGAGCGACGAGAAAUAUGCAUACCGUCCUCAGGCCAAUUUCCUGGAACGUGUGCCUGAUUAUGGUCGAGUUCAACCCAAUGUGAGUUCAUAUUCUAGGCGAUAUAGUAAUGGGGAGAGAGAGAAAUGAGAGAUCCAAUUGUGCCUGUUUGUCGGCACGUUUGUAUAAUAAAAAAUGCGUAAUAGAUU